UAGAUUCACUCUCACCCCCCAACUCUUUAUAUUCUGCACAGAUCCUGUAUUCCAUCAUCAUCAUCGCCAGUCUGACCGUGACUUAGAUUUUCUCUCUCUCUCUCUCUCUCUCUCUCUCUCUCUCUCUCUGUCUGUGUCUGGACAAAGAAGGAAAGGAACGAGACGAGGGAGAUGAAGAUGGCUCAGUCGAAGAAGUUCAGGGGCGUGAGACAGCGUCACUGGGGCUCAUGGGUUUCCGAAAUUCGCCAUCCUCUGUUGAAGAGGAGGGUGUGGCUGGGCACGUUCGAGACGGCCGAGGAGGCGGCACGAGCCUACGACCAGGCCGCGAUCUUGAUGAGCGGCCGGAACGCGAAGACCAACUUCCCGACAUCUCAGACCCCGAGCGGCGACGCGAAGACGGGCGACGGUGGCAACAGCAACGCCGCCGCCGCUAAUUCCUUGUCUUCCUCGAAGCACUUGUCGGAGAUCCUCCACGCGAAGCUCAGGAAGUGCAGCAAGACGCCGUCGCCGUCCCUCACCUGCCUGAGGCUCGACACCGAGAACUCCCACAUUGGCGUCUGGCAGAAGCGCGCCGGCCAGCGCUCCGACUCCAGCUGGGUCAUGACUGUACAGCUCGGCAACAAGAAUGCCGAUGCUGUCGGAGAGUCUGGGGACCCUCUUCCUCUUCCUCGUCCACAUCCCCCUUCCACUUCUUCUUCUACUUCUUCUACGUCUUCUUCUUCGUCUUCGCCGUCGUUGCCGCCGCCGCCUUCGGAGUUGAUGGUGAGAGGCGACGUGGACGAAGAAGAGAGGAUCGCCUUGCAAAUGAUUGAAGAGCUCUUGAACAGGAACUGCGCUGGCCCUUCUUUUGGAAACCCCGAGGAGGAGGAGGAGGAGGAGGAGGAAAAUAGUUUUUAUCUCUAGUCCUUUAAAAAUGGUAAAUUUAAAGUGGACUUAUGUUAUAAAUGGCAAAUGUAUUGUGGAUAGAGUAUUGCGAGAAUUCGUUAUACUUUUGGAAAUAAUAGUAUGUAAUGUAUUGGCGAACAUAAAUGCUGGAGAUUAAAUAAUGUUUUACAGAGAUUGAACUUGGGGGUAAGGGGAAUAAAUUCAUGAGAGUGUGGGGAUGUAUUGCUAAAUAUGUAAAAUUGUGGGGGCAAAAUGUGUGGUUUGAGUGCAAGGGGCAGGAAAAGAAUGGUUAACAGUUGACAGCAUUUCUUAUAACUCUGUUUCUUUUUCCUUUCUUUUUUUAAGAAUGGAUGAUUUGUAAUUGUAGCCCCCACCUUGGGGCUUACAUUUUUAU